AUGGCGUAUAGACAAGACAAGGCCACGACGGAAAAGCACGCUCGCAUCUUGCGCGAGCUCGUAAAGCAGCCAGGUAACAAGACUUGUGCGGAUUGCAAAAGACAAGAUGCUCGCUGGGCAUCAUGGAACAUAGGUGUAUUCAUCUGUAUCCGUUGUUCUGGCAUCCACCGGAGCAUGGGCACACAUAUCAGUAAGGUCAAAUCGGUUGACCUUGAUACUUGGAAUCCAGAGCAGAUGGAGUCCAUUCAAAAGUGGGGUAACCAUCGUGCAAACCUGUAUUGGGAAGCACAUCUUCGUCCAGGACACGUUCCUCCAGAACAGUAA